AUGCCCGUUGAGCUACGCAAGCGCAAGGCUCCGGCCCCGCCCCCGGAACCACCGGCCAAGAAGCCCUCCAAGGUGGCCAAAGCUGCCUCCAAGGUCAAGGAGGCUGUCAAGGGCAAGCCUGAAGCUAAGCCCAAGGCCAAUGGUGCAGCAGCAGCAGCCAAGGCGUCGGCCCCUGCCAAGAAGCCCGAGGUUGGCGACAUCAUCGACCCGGCUUCUUUUGGCGGUGAGGUCACUACCAACGACGGUGAGACCACGACUUUGGCCCAGCUUCUCGAAAAAUCAGGCUCGGGUGUCGUGUUCUUCACUUACCCCAAGGCGUCCACGCCCGGCUGCACGAAUCAGGCCUGUUUGUUCCGCGACUCCUAUGAGCCGCUUACUGCGGGCGGUCUUGCCAUCUAUGGGCUCUCGAGAGACUCCCCCAAGAGCAACACAACCUUCAAGGAGAAGCAAAAGCUCCCCUACCCUCUGCUGUGCGAUCCUACUGCGAGCCUCAUCGGCGCCAUUGGUCUGAAGAAGGCGCCCAGCGGCACGCAGAGAGGCGUAUUUGCAGUGGACAAGAAGGGCAAGGUGCUCCUUGCUGAGCCUGGCAGCCCGGCUGGAACGGUGGCGGCUGUGAAGAAGUUGGUGGAGUCGCAGUCUGCCAAUGGCGGUGCUGCUGAGGACAAGGAGGAGAAGAAGGAUGACGAGAAGACCAACGGCGCUGACGAGGAGGAGGCUAAAGCUGAGGAGACGGAGGAGAAGAAGGCCGAGGAGUAA